AUGGAAUCAAAAAAUAAAACAGGUGUUACAAAAUUCCUUCUCUUGGAACUGACAGAGGAUCCAGAACUUCAGCCCCUCUUCUUUAGUCUGUUUCUGUCCAUUUACCUGAUCACCGUCCUAGGAAACUUGCUCAUUGUCCUAGCGGUCACCUCUGACUCCCACCUCCACAGCCCCAUGUAUUUAUUUCUUGCCAGCCUCUCCUUGACCGACAUCUGUUUGAGCACAACCAUGAUCCCAAAGAUGCUGGUGAAUCUCCAUGCACAGAAUCUGAGCAUCACUUACACAGCAUGUCUCACCCAGGUCUACUUUGUCUUGGUUUUUGCAUCUUUCGAAAAUUUCCUCCUUGGAGUAAUGGCCUAUGACCGCUAUGUGGCUAUUUGUCACCCACUGAGAUACACAAUCAUCAUGAACUCCCGCUUCUGUGGUCUCCUGAUCCUACUCUCCUUGUUCAUUAGCCUCAUGAAUUCUCUGUUCCAAAGCCUGAUGGUGCUGAGGUUGUCCUUUUGCACGGACCUGGAAAUCCCUUACUUCUUCUGUGAUCUUAUUCAGGUUGUCAAGGUUGCCUGUUCUGAUACCCUCAUCAAUAACGUCUUGUUGUAUUUGGCAACAACUAUUUUAGGUGGUGUUCCUCUUUCUGGAAUUAUUUUCUCUUAUAUACAAAUUUUCUACUCCAUUUCAAGGAUUCCGUCUUCAAGUGGGAUGUAUAAAACUGUUUCCACUUGUGGAUCUCAUCUCUCAGCUGUUUCCUUGUUCUAUGGUACAGGCUUCGGCUCUUAUAUUAGUGUUGCAUUUGCACACUCUUCCAGGAAGAUAGCAGUAGCUUCAUUGAUGUACACUGUGGUCACUCCUAUGAUGAACCCCUUUAUCUACAGCCUGAGAAAUAAAGACAUGAAGGGCGCCUUGAGAAAAGUGGUGGUAUUAAAAAGGUAA